UCCGGCAACUGACAUAAUCUAUUGGCUCGUGCUUCCAGCUGUCACUAGCCCCCCUCGGGUCUCCGUUCAGUGACGACAGUUUUAGAAAUUGCAGGCGUCUGCACUAAAGAUUUCCGAUCCCGUGUUCCUCUUCCCGGGAUCACUUUACCGUCAACCGUCAACCGCUCACCACAUGACAUUAUCAUAUAUUGACCUGUCUAGAUACCCAACCACUGCUGAUUUGCUUCCCAUUCGGCUCCCAUAGCGUUGUCAAUGCCAACUGGGGCACGGCGAAUCAUAAUCGACUGCUAGUCUGCAUCUCCAUCUCCCUUACCAUUGCAAUAGCUCUCUCCAUAGUCUACCUACUUCUGAACACGGAACAUUUCCAUCGAGUAAUUCCCACUUCUGCUGCUUCUUAAUCGUAACCCCUCUCCACCAAAAAUAACCCUCACCCACCACGAUUAUUAUCCAAGAUGGCGGCCAAACGAUCCAAGGCUUCCAACGACGACGGAUUCGACGAGCUCUUCGAGGGGAUCGGUGACGAAAACAAAGGAAAGAAGGCCCCUAGUAAAUCUAAGCCCGCCGGCCCCAAACCUCGCCGAGGCGAUAAGAAGCUCGAGCAGGAACUUGCCGAACUCGAGAACGAACUCGGCAGCGAGGAGCCUGCUCGACCUCACACCCCUCGUGUCAAGGAGACCGCCGCUACUAAGAUAGCCAGUAAGCGAAGCAGCACAGCUACCCCUCCGCCGGGUGCCCCUCGACACUCCGAAGACAAGCCAGCAAACGUCGCACGCAAAUCCGUCGACAGCACCCGCUCUCUUCACGCAAGCUUUACGCCCAGUGCCACUAGUUCCGAUCUCCAGGAUGCCGAGAAGAAGGGCACCGUAGAACAGACCGCACCCGCUGCCACCGGAGGCGGCUGGUGGGGUGGAAUAUUUGCUACGGCCAGUGCCACGGCGAACGCAGCGAUGAAGCAGGCCGAGGCCGCGUACAAAGAGAUCCAGCAGAACGAAGAGGCCAAGAAAUGGGCCGAACAAGUCAAAGGAAACGUCGGCGUUCUUAAAGAUCUAGGCGACGGCCUCCGCCACCGAGCCCUCCCAACCUUCGCCAACAUCCUCCACACGCUCGCCCCGCCCAUCUCCUCGCACGAGCGCCUCCUAAUCCACAUCACCCACGACAUCGUCGGGUACCCGUCGCUCGACCCGCUCAUCUACGGCGUCUUCAGCCGGGUGAUGUCGCAAGUCGAAGGCGGGGACCUGCUCGUCGUGCAGCGCGGGCACGAGAACACGGCGCGCCGGUCCUCCGACUCCGGUGCCGCAUUCUACAAGGGAGCCUCGAGCUCCGCCGGGUGGCGCGACGGCCCCUGGUGGCGCCAGGUCGACUCGCGCCGGGACCUGGGCGCCGUCAAGGGCUUGGCCGAGGGCACGAAGCUGUGCCGCGUCAGCGCGGAGAGCUACGCGCACGACUACUUCGCGGCGAGCGGCGGCGUGUCCGAGGCGCAGAAGCGCGCGCUCGAGCCCGUUUCGGAGGAGAACCCCGUCCGCACCAGCGACAUCUUCCUCGCCGUCCAGCCCGUCGCGCUCGACGCCGACCCGGCCCUGUUCGCCGGCAGCAGCGCGGCCAAGGACGAGGCUAGCGCCGUCGCGGACGGCGGAGCAGCCAACGAUGCGCUUGUCGCUUUCGCCGUGUAUGUCCUGGAUCCUAUUCAUGAUAUCGUGUAUAGCACCGUCAGCCAGCAUAUCCCGGCUAAAUGGAUCCGAUGGCUGGACGCGCCGACGCCGCUUACGCCCGGCAGCGCGGAGGACGAGGAUGACGACGAGGAUGAUGAAGAGAGCGACGAUGACGAGAGUGAUGAUGAGGAAGAGGAAAAGGAGAAGGAAAAGGGAAGGGAAAAGAAGAGGAAUGCUGGUCCUCGCGUGCCCGAAGAGGGCCGCGACGUGCCGGACGAGAUUAGGGAGAUUGUGGAGAGCGGCGGCGUGGACCCGAGGGAAUGGGUCGCGGAGUGGGUUGAGGAGGUGCUGAGCCUGAGCGUCGGCGUCGUGGCGCAGAGGUACGUUGCCCGCAGGAUGGGCGUCGGCGAGGGGGGUCUGGGGAAGGGGAAGCAGAAGGUGGAGGCUUUGUUGCAGGAAGGGGGUGGGGAGGCUGCUAGGGCGGGAUUGAUUUAGGGGGUUUGGUUAUGGGAGUGAGGUCAAGUGGGAUAUAGAUACGAGAAGCGAGUGACUGAGGAGAGAGUAACUACUCAGGCUUGACGUAUGUACGGGUUCCCCGUCUUGCGCUGGUCAUGGUCAAAUCGAUGCUUGAACGAAUGAGAACGGAGUCAGCGGGAUAAUGUAGCAGUAGCUUAUAACACAGGCCAGGCCUGGUUUUCGUAUUCUAGUAGGUAUAUUGUUUGACAUGGUUCAUCUAUCUAUCUAUCUAGGUACUUAAGGUACUUGAGGUGUGAUAUGGAUGGGAGGGAGGUGAUUAAGUAGGUAUUGGUUACAGAAAUUAUGAGAAUUAUGAGAAAUAAUGGGAUACCUAUCACGAGGUAUAUCUUAUUUGGGAUAUAUGAGUGCGAAGGAGGACGGGUAGUUGUUGAUCUUGUACGGCUACUCAGGGCUUCGAGAGACUGGUCAGCAAGUCAAGGUGGUUCUUCGUUCAUGCUCUCCAUCUACUAGGUAGUAGCAAAUUUCCAUACACUCUUGGGAGUAAAAAGGACAAGAAAACAUGACCUCAAGCGCAGCGUUUCAUCGUUUAUAUCAUACGGAAGGAGAGCCAAU